UAUGUUUGCUUUGGAGACGGACAAAACAGUGGAUGCGCAGGUCUGUUGUGUGCUGUCGUUGUCGGGUUCUUCUGGCAUACUCACCUGCUCACGCCACACAGCAAUAGCCAAGUAUUCAAUUGUACAUGACUAGCUAGUACAGGACUCAGUAGUCAUAGUGUUUUGGGUGCCACUAUUAGACUAACUUGAUCUAGUAGUAGUGGCACAGACUCAGGACUAUUAGUAUUAUCAUAGCACUGGCUUAGCAAGGAGGCUAGGCUGGGUAGGUGAGUAAGAGCAGGAACCAGGAAAAUAGUGGCAAGAAUGCUUCCACUGAGUUCUGUAGAAAGAUAAAGCUAUCAGGUAUAACUGAGAAAAUAGUACAGUAGUGUGUCGUGUGUAGCAACUGCAGACAGUGGAGCACUGAGUUCAGGGUGUGCAUGUGAUCAAGCUGCAGUGUCUGGCACCUCUCUGUCCCUUCGUUAGAGUUUGUGAUGGUGAUACAACGACUCUGUUACUCUCCUGACCCAAUGCUGACUAUAAGUAUGGCUGUGUACAGUGUAGUCUCUCAAGCCUUGCCCUGGCCUGGGUCACAGUACUACUGGUCUGAUGCAUGAGCUGGUUAGCUCCAUGUGCCCAUUUCUGUGGGUUAGCUGCUGCUGCUGUAGUACUACUACUACUACUACUACUACUACUACUACUAGUGCUAGUAGUAGUAGACUCUACACGCUAUAGAAUGCAGAGUGCAGAUUCUGAAACAGUCUGUGCGUUGUCUCAGCAUAAUCCUCCGGCUACAAUGACUAAUGCUGGUAGCAAUCCUCAGGUGACGACCUCCAGCCAUGGUCACACCACCCCAAGCAGUUCCACAGCAGUAUCAAGCACAGCAGAUAGCAGUAGCUUGCACACACUAGCUGGUCCCGCACUGAGUGGCAGUGUAGUGCGGGAUAGUGCCGAGAGAUUGUCACCGGUACUGCAUCAUCAACAACAACAUCAGCACAAUGCAAGUAGAGGUGGUGGUGGUCAUUAUCACCAGCAUCAACAUCGUCUUGCUGGCACUAUCUCCUUCAUACCGCAGAAUCGUGGACAACAUAUCUCAGAGCCACUGGACACGGCGACGUUUGCCAACUAUGAGUCCGGCUUUGUGAUUGGUAGCAAUGGAUCAUCAGGUAGUAGUAGUAGUAGUAAUCUCCAUGUUACACUGCAGCCACCAGAUCAGCAGUGUGUCCACAGUGGUUCCAGUGUUGUACUACAAGCUGAAGUUCAGGACAGACUGAAACGUACAGUGUACUACCAAUGGUAUCGAGGCAGACAGCCGCUGGCCAAUCAAGCAAACAACAUCAUGAUUCUACAUGAUGUGCAGCCUGGUCAAGCGGGAAAGUACCGUUGCAAAGCGUACACCAAACAACAACUACUGAGAACUCACUGUAGUACUCCCACAGCUGCUGCUGACGACAACCGAGCCGAAGCAAUUCUGACGUCACCGACUGAAGUCAGGGUCAUACAGCCAGCCAGAAUGGAAGCUCCACGAAUUCGAGUUCAGCCACAGUCCGUGAUCGCGAGACGUGGUGACGGUGUUCAGCUUAGCUGCAUCGCUGAAGGACACCCCACGCCAUCCUAUCUGUGGUACAUGAGCGGUGCACCACUGCCAAAGCACACAGAGUCAGCACUCUGCAUUGACGCUUGCACAGAGGAACAUGCUGGCAUCUACACUUGCGAAAUACGCAAUUCUAGCGGGCACAGGAUCAGCCGCAAAGCAGAGGUACGCGUUUACUACCCGCCCAUCACCGGCGGAGGAAAUACCCAAGCAUACUGCUCCAACCCCGUGAUCAUGUCUCAUCCGUCUUCAGUUGAGCUACGUACAAGCCAGCAGCCCAUAGAGCUGGAGUGUUUGGCAACUGGUGCACAGCCACUGUAUUACCAGUGGUAUCGCAAUGAUAGACCGUUACCAUCGGCAACAUCAUCACUGUUGACACUGCGCUCAGAAUGUGACGGUGAAGACGCAGCAGCAGCAGCGGCGUUGGCAACAGAAGACCACCGUCUAGCUGGAGUCUACAUGUGUUCUGUCAGCAAUCAUUUUGGUUCUCAGUCAUCCCAUCCGGCUACCGUUCACCCUGGGGAUCCAGUCAGUGGAAACAGCAGCUCUCCCUCACCUGGAAAUAGUCCAAAUCGGAUCAGAGUCGAAUCUGAUGAGGAAAACUCGAGCAGAUACGAAGCAGUAAAUCCCAGCAGCGGCCGUCAUGCCACAAGACCACUCACCCUUCCUAUGCUCAGUGACAGCAAUUCUGAUGAAAGGUUGUCUGCAGAGACGCAAAGACAAACGGUUGCUGACCAUGUCCCAACCACCAUCCCCAUGCCAUUGAUCCUACAGCACCCACCAUUAAAACUUUGCCUGACAGCUGGUAGUAGAUUACAGCUACACUGUAAAGCAGCUGAAUCAACAGGUCAUGGAGAAACAGCAGCAGCAGCAGCACCAGCAGCAGCAGCAGUGUACCAGUGGUAUCGUGUGACUCCAUCAGAGUUGGAAACGCAUACCCUGGACAACUGCACUGCGGAACACUUGGAAAUGACAGUGAGCAGUCACGCAGGUCAUAGUGGAAUGUAUUAUUGCCGGGUCACUGUGGGACAACAGAAAGCAUACAGUCAGCCAUGCUCUGUACUUGUCACCGACGACUAAGCGAGAUCUAAAUUCCCUGUCAACAAAUAUUUCCGUGAAACUGGAGCCGAGAAUGUCAGACUAAACUCACGCGCAGGUCAUAUAGCUCGCCAUAUCCGUCCUCAUGAUGAUAGAGCUUAUUUGCAGAUAAUCUUAGCUGUCUCAGUGCUGUCGUACCCCCCCCCCCCCCCUAAUUGUACACAUAAUCUGCUGGUCCUUGUGAACCUUGGCAUAUGAAAAGCGCAAGCCGGUGUUUGUAUUCCAAACAGCUACAUCACGUGCUCAUCUUGAUGCUUGCCAGUAGUAGACUGCGAUUUCUCUUGAUGCUGAAUAAUUCUAUUUAUUUUCCUUUUCUUGAAACUGGUGCACAGUUCUGAGCGGAUUGAACAUUCUAAUUCACCAAGCUGAUUUUCACCUCCACAGCCAAAUUACAUGUACCUUGAUUUUUCUUUUUUCUUUCUUUCGAAUUCAGCGCUGAAUCUGGUCACGGUACGUUGA